CUGGUUGGUAUAUAAAGAGUGACUCAGUGAGGUAGGAACACAGUCAUCCAUGAGACGUGCUACCAUCAUGAAGGUUAUUGUUGUAUUGAGUGUUGUGGCUGCUGCUGUGGCUGCCCCGUCCAGUUUCCAGCCCCGCUAUGGGUACUCCCCCGCCCCGACCUACCAGGGUCCUGCUCAGUACAGCUUCGACUGGGCGGUGAAUGACGCUCCCUCCGGUAACGACUUCGGCCACGAGGAGACUCGUAACGGUGACAACACCCAGGGGUCGUACUACGUGCAGCUUCCCGACGGUCGUCUGCAGCGGGUGACCUACACUGUCAACGGCGGCUCGGGGUACGUGGCCGAGGUCACCUAUCAAGGCGAGGCUCAGUAUCCAUCCUACAGGCCAGCCCCAUCCUACAAUCCAGCCCCAGUGUAUGGUUAAAACAUAUAUAUGAUAAUUGUAAAUUAACAGUUAUAUAAGUUAUUAAUAAAGCUAAGUAGGAAAACAAGCAAAA